AUGAGCACCAGAAAUGGACCUGCUUUACAGAUACACGAAAUUGGCGUGGGAUGUAUUUUGUGGCUCCCACCUUUCAGUGACACUAAUGGAGAUUUACGACCCCUUUGUCAACGUCACACUGGUAUGCGACACUUAAUGGAUAUCAAUGCAUUUGAUCACCCAGCGGUUGUUCUCAACAUUCACAAUCGAUAUGGCCCAGAUCCUUCUAUUCAUUUCAUCACAUUAAGUUCGUAUCGUGGUAUUUGCCGCUCUCAAUGCGGGCCACGCUACUUGCUUGAGAAUGGUCAAGAUGUCGAGACUACGAGUAAUUUCUGUAUUUGGCAUAGAUUUAUGCUCAGCUUGUCAAGAUUUGAUGCGUACAAUUGGGGACAAACAAGACCUAGUGACUACCGACUCACUCACCGAUCGUAUCUAUAUUUGAUGGAAAUAUUGGGUCUUCAUGCUGAUACUUUUCAUCCUAUAUCGCGUAUCAAUAAUGGGUUGCUACAAGCACCAUCACCAGCUCCACCGCCACCUACUCAACAACUACAAACCGUGAACCGGCAUCGUGAGAACAAUCCCUAUGCUUACCUAGAGCCAGACGAAUGCUGUCCAUGA